CGUCCUACGUUGUCAACCACAACUCCUCCAUCUACCCUUUCAUCUCUUACACUUAAGACAGCACUCCCUCACUCUUCUUCUCCAUCACCUCCCCCUUCGCAAAUGCCUUCCCUCAUUCAUACUUAUUUACCCUCAUCUCCCUCCCCUCCGCCAACACGUCGCCGUGUCGUUCUGAGGAAGCGACGACCCUUGCGGCCUCAUCACUCUCAAAUAAAUCUCUCGUCACUUCGUUCAAAAAAUCUUCGUCCCAUACUCCGCAAACGCCGUCCACACCCUCCCCUUUCUACCCCUACCUCUUCCCUGAGUCUUUCUCAUCUAGUUUCUAUUACUUCUGCCUUACCAAAGGUAUCUUCCAUCACCGGCGAUAAUACAGAAACAGCAUUCAGUUCUGGAUCCCAUGAGACUCAUGUUGAUUCAGAAAAGCCUGCUUUGAAUCAUCAUGAGGAAUAUGCUGCAUCCCUUACCCCUACUACCUCCUUAACACACCUUCCAACAUCAAGCAUACCUCCUACAUCUUCUUCUAAUAUUCCCAAUGACGGAAUACUGUCUACCACUUCCCCAAAGCCAUCUGUGACCUCCUCUCGUUCACCAACAUCCUCUAGCAUCACUAUAGCCCCAUCAAUAGAGGUUUCUCCCCAUGGCUUCCCUACUCACGAACUCCAUCACCCAGUCUCCUCUUCCACCACCUUGGCCCCGACAGGAGAAACGUUACUUCAUUCUCGUCUUCCUAUACCCACAGACGAGAAGCAACGGCCCCGACCGGCGGCGAAUCCACCAGAUGUAGCCUGGUUGAAACAGCUGGCUGCCCAGGAUAAAGACCGUGCCGCUGGGACGACACCGAAACCUGACAAGGAGGAGAGUCUCGAGGAAGUGCGACAGUACUCUCUGUCGUUGUACCGACACCUGCAAGAGCAGCUGAAGGCCCGGCAGCUGUCCCUCCCGAGACGAAAGAGAACGAAGGGAAGGAGGAGAGUCACGAGGCAGACAGUUACGCCAACUGAAGAAACCGUUACCGCGAAAAUAGGUGAGGAUACGGAGAUUGAAGACAUGCUUCUCCAUGGCCUGGCCUUCAUCCCUCCCGUAGAUCCAGUGAAGUUAAAAGCUGCUGUUGAGAAGCUUGUGCAGUUAGCCAAUAACAGGAAGAAGAAAAGCCAUUACUCGUACCCUAAAUCAACCAGCAGAGAUCCUUUGAAAAACGUGGAAAGCAUUACUGAGAGCUCCCCAGGCCAAAACCGACAUGCAGAAAGGCUUCAAGAAAUAGAAAUAACAGGCAUUGAUGCCAGUCUUCCAUCCGAAGAAGUUGAAGAAUUUGAAAGGGCCCCACAACGAGGUGCGUUAACAUCCCCUAACACUUUCGCCUUGCCGAACCAGGGUUCUCAAGUCUCACCAACUUCCGAUGAUGGACGUGAUUCUUACAUAUCCCCAGUAACUACAAUCAACACCUUAGACAGAGGAACUUUUACAAGUCGCUCGCAAGGCAGACGGCGAUCACCUUCAAGUAGACGCCGAAAGGUAAAAGGAUCUCAUGAUGGAUGCCCUUAUCCUCACACUACGAGAAGACGGAGACCCUUAGUUCCACCGACCCUUCCAAUGCGGCCAACAAUACCAGAACUCAUGACAGAUUCACCUCCAGUUACAUCUGCUUCAAGGCCACAGCCCGGAGCUAGAACUCCAGGUGCAGAUCCGACAAUAGAGAUACCAACUACCAGUGUCCCAAACAGUAAUGUGCCAAGUGAUGGUCGCUUCCCAAAUUCACACCAACCAGUACCCUCUCCAGAUUAUGAGGAUGAUUAUGCGGAGUAUGAAUAUGAUGAUAAUGAUUAUGAAUACGAGGCUGGCAUCGACCCUGGACUUACAGAAGGCAGUAAUACUACAGCUGACAGAACCAGUGACAGGGAUUCCUCUGACCGAAGCCUUUCUGGAUCAGAUGAGAAUGAGAGGCCAGUUAUCAUCUUGGUUGAACCAGAGGAUGGAAGGGACAUCCCUAGACUGAGUGAAGGUCUCAGCAAUCCUUUUGCUAGACUUCAAAAGCAAAAUGAAUCUCCACUCAUCAUUGUGGAUCCUGCAAACUCUGAAAGAUCAUCUAGCCUAAAAUUUCAGAAUCAAAAUCAAAGACCAAUUCUCAUAGUAGAUGACCCACAAAUUGGCCAAAGGAAUCAGGGUCGCAGUCUGUCACGAUCAAGGUAUUUCGGUCUUGAAGCAAAACGGAAGCAAGGAAGAGUGAGGCAGAUCACAACCCAAACUCCCCAGUUUUUUCCAGCUGCACCAAAGACAGAUAUUAGGCAUCAGCAAAAUGCGGCUGUCAUCUUGGUUGACCCAAACGACACCAACCUAAGAACCAAAGCAUCGAAUCUAGAAAACUCACCUGGAUCAGAGCAGGGUGGAUCAGUCAUCAUCCUUGUGGACCCAGAGGGUGGUGAUGGAAUCAGUGGAGCAAAGCUGGUAGAAAAUGGCAAGGAUUCAUCACCAAUCAUAAUAGUUGAUAAUCGAAACAGGAAUACAGAGGCUGGGAGAGCAGGUGGGAGACACAGAAACAAAGUAUCGCCUAUCAUACUUGUUGAGUCUAAAGAAAAGGAUGGAGGACCAAGAACAGGUCGAAGGGUUUCAGAAUGGGAUGGAGAAGGAUCAGUGAUUAUUCUUGUAGAGCCAGAUGAUGGCUCUGAAUUGCCGACACCUAAGCCAGCUGACACUUUGAACCCGUCAGCUGAACCGCCUUCCAUUCAGCUGGUGCCACCACCCGAACCACUAAGAAACCAGUUUGAAUCAUUCCUCAGUGACAAUUCAAAGCCACAGUCUAGACCUGUUUCCAAUCCACCUGCAGCAGGAAAGACCCUCGCCAAUCUUGGAGGGAGUGAAGGAAGUCGAGGCUCAUUUUCUUCUCCAAGGAGAGGGUCGCGGCGCCCUUUAGGACGACACAGAUUCAGGAACCUAAGAUCCCGUGAGCGAAUUCGUGGUUCUCCAAGAUUUGUGUCUCGUAAUAGGGGAAGAGGAAGCAGAGAAAGAGGUGGCACAGGAAGUAGAGAAACAGGAUUGGAGGAUGAACAAAUCCAGAGGCAAAGGGGAAAUCGAGGGUUUACAAGUGGGCAAGAUGAGAGGCCUGGAAAGAAUUUUGAUUUUGGAAGUGACCGCAGUGUUAAACCAACAGGAAAUAAAAACUUCGGAAGUAAUCCCAGAGGAAUAUCUCAAGGCACCAGAGACUUUUUCGAUGAUUAUGAAGAUGACUUAACAGCGAGCAGGGGGUUCCCACGUAGGAAUAGGAAUUUUCCAGAUGAUCGCAGGCAGGAUCCAACAGGAAGCAGAGAAUUUUUCACUAGUAGUAGAAACAUGCAAAGUGACGGAAGAGACUUCACCGCAGAGAGAGCGAUCCCGAACCGAGAGAGGACCUCCAGCGAAUUCAGCGCAGGCGACAAUGGAGACAGAUGGGGAAGCUUCUCGUGGUUUUCAGACUUUCCUGCAGAGGUCUCGCUGACCCGAACCGAAGAAACGAUUCCCGAGAAAAUACGAGAGCUGCGCCAUUCCAUCGAAGAGAAGGCGCGAGCGUGGACGCAGUUUGGGCUGCAGAGAACGAGACCCGAGUUCAGAAGAACCCGACGCCCCGCGAGGAAGUAAAGACUGAGCAACGGGGAAUUUGUUCUAGAUUUCCUUUUUUAACUCCCUUUUUAUAUUUAAAAGUUCGUGUAUAUAGACUUAUUUAAGAUAUGUAUAUUUUCGUUUUCUUUUGUUAAAUCUUUGUGUGCAUUACCGAGGGUCCAAUUGUGUUGUUAACCAUAAUUAUUGUUAAAUGUGAGUUUUGUUUCAGGUUUGUUACUUUCUAGUCAAUGUCUUGCGCAAGUAUGAAUGUACAAGUGUGUAUGCAUUUUUAAGCUUGUAUGGGUACACCAAGUUAUAGAAAAAUGAAAGCACAACAUCCAGACACGCACACAUUUUCUCUUGUGUAAAUGUGUCUGAAGCGAGUGUCAUGAAAUUUGUUAUUCUUCUUUCUUAUACCUCUUCUGAUGUCUAUGAGUUUAAUGUGUUUUUAUAUUCGUGGGUAUUGUUAUUAGUCUUUUGUUGGUUGGUCUUUAAUCGUUGUAGAUGUUAAAUAAAAAGAACACAACAAUUA